UGAAUAAGAAGCUGGCUGAAUAAGAAACAACUUCAGCCUGGUUGAGGAGGGGGAGGAGGAGGGGCGAGGAGCUGGGCUGCACUGGAAGUCACAGGCACACAGCACAGAUAGCAGAGGCGGAGAAGGCUCAGUGCAGCCGUAGACAUCACAAGAGGUCACCGCAGCCUGAGGGAAGAAGCCCGGGAGGACGACGAGUCAGCGAGCGGCCCCAGCAUUCUGCAGGCUCCGGCCAAUGGAAGCCACACAGCAACUAACUUAAGAGGCUUCUCCCAAACUCUGCCGCCAACUUCUCCAAUGAGCCAGAAGGCAGCGGCUCUUGUCUUCUUCAGGCGGAUGGGUGAGCUCUUCCUGCCGGGCUGUGUAAGGAGGAGAUAUGAUGAAGAAGACCACUAACAAGAACCACAUCAGCCACCAUGCCCCCAAUAACAACGUGCACGGCUCCCCUAAUAACAGGGGCUGGCUCCCCAGGUUGUCUCCCCGCUGUUCCCUACGAGACUAUGGCUUCUGCAUGGCAACUCUGCUGCUCUUCUGCCUGGGCUCCCUGUUCUACCAGCUGAACGGAGGACCCCCCCAAAUCCUGCUGGAUCUGCGCCUCUACCUGGGUAACUCUACUUUCUUGGAUGACCAUGGUCCCCCUUCCCCAAAGGAACUGCCUUUUCCCAGUCAAGUUGUGUAUAACAGAGUUGGAAAAUGUGGAAGCAGGACUGUUGUUUUACUACUACGAAUUCUGUCAGAGAAACAUGGAUUCAAUUUGGUGACUUCUGACAUUCAUAAUAAAACCCGGCUGACCAAAAGCGAACAGAUGGAGUUGAUAAGAAAUGUUAGCACAGCUGAGCAACCCUAUUUAUUUACCCGACAUGUUCACUUCCUUAAUUUCUCCAGAUUCGGCGCAGAGCAGCCAGUGUAUAUCAACAUAAUUAGAGAUCCUGUGAAUAGAUUUCUUUCCAAUUACUUUUUUCGCCGGUUUGGAGACUGGAGAGGAGAACAAAAUCACAUGAUCCGUACCCCAGGCAUGAAAGAAGAGGAAAGGUACUUGGAUAUCAAUGAGUGUAUUUUGGAAAAUUAUGCUGAGUGUUCCAAUCCAAGAUUAUUUUACAUUAUUCCGUAUUUUUGUGGACAACAUCCCAAAUGCAGGGAUCCUGGGGAGUGGGCCUUGGAGCGUGCAAAGCAGAAUGUUAAGGAAAACUUUCUUCUUGUUGGAAUUCUGGAGGAGCUUGAAGAUGUGCUGCUUUUGUUGGAAAGAUUUUUACCUCAUUACUUCAAGGAUGUCAUGAGCAUUUACAAAAAUCCAGAACACAGAAAGCUUGGAAAUCUGACAGUAACGGUGAAGAAAACGUUUCCAUCCCCCAACGCUCUACAAGUUCUCUACCAGCGCAUGAAAUAUGAAUAUGAUUUUUAUCACUAUGUCAAAGAACAGUUCCACUUGCUGAAGCGAAAAUUUGGGCUUAAAUCACAUGUUAAAGCCAUACCCAGUCAAGAAAUGUCUGUCCCAGUACCCAUCCCUAUGGAAACAGAGGAACCUAUAGAAGAUGAGGAGGAGCAAGAUAAGUGGUUAGAGGACAUUUACAAAAGAUGAUACCCCGGCGGUAGCCUCACAGCUAUAAAUCUAGAUCAAUUUCUUAAGCUUUUUUUUGUUAUUAAAAAAAAUUCUUAAGGAACAUUGUUAAUGCUGAACUGCAUUAACUCUUUCCCACAUGUUGGGUAUUAGGGGAAUACUUCUGCCCGAUUUUGCGGGUUGUGUUUACUUUGAUUUUUAUGUUAAUUGAGAUUAAUAGGAGCAUUGAGAAAUAACAGCACAAGGACUUCAGCUUUUGCCAGUAUUUGCAGGAAAGUUUACUAGUUAAAUCAGCAGAAUCAUGAAUGUGUCAAAAAGGUACAUUGUGACUUAUUCAGCAUGAUGUUGCACUUACAGUGAAUGUGUUGCCUAGUAUUUCUGUUACCGAUUAGACUAAGAUACUGGAACAUGUUAUUUUUUUCUACGCUGUUUCUAUUUUCUGAUUGUAAUUAUUUUUAUUUUUGGUACACUAUUAUGGGGACAGCCAUUUUUCCUGAGGUGUUUUUAACAGCAUUUAGAGAUUUGGUUUACAACAAGCCCAUGGACAAUUAACAUAUCCAUACCCUAUUCUUUGUAUGGGGCAGGUUUGUAAGCAUACCUUGUUCAUGCAUAGGUCAUUCUACAAGGGAGGAGAGGCUGAGCUCCUAUUGUCUUCUCUAUAUAUUAGUGUCAUAUUUCACUGUAAUGCUGUACAGAUCACUUUGCAGCAGCUUCCUUCUGAUCACAGACAAGACAGAACAGGAAAUCUCAGCUUAGUCACUUUCUUAUGACAUAUUCGCCUUUGUUACACAACAUUGAGGUCACUUUCUCAUGACACAUUCCCUUAUGUUACACAGCAUUUGUAGCCAAUGCAAACCAGGAGUUCAGAGAAGAGAUCUCUUAUGCUUUUAUAUUUCCUUUCAGUUAAGGCCAGAGGAACACCUGUACAGAAGAUUCCUUACAUGUAUAACUAAAUAUGGCUUCCAAAUUAAACAAGCGCUUUCCAUUAUCUGCUAAAAGUUUGGUGCAAUUUAGACUGUCUUAAAGUCAAACUAAAAUAUCUACAGUUGUAGAUUUGACUUUCCUGGUAAUAAAUCUGUAUUGUAUUUUGAGACCACACUCACUCUAUGGAAUCCGUGCACGUCUCAAAUUUGCCCUUUUGUCCUUUUCAAAUUUGCACUGAAAAGUUGUAUCAGUAGUCAUGACUUGUGACUCUCUUGGGGUAGUUUACUCUAAAUCUUGGCAUAAGCUGCAUAGCAAAUGUCUGAGGGUGUUAGUUUGCCACUUAGAAGAGGGUUGUUGUUUUUUUAAUCACUAUUUUAACAUAACCAUAAAAACAUUAUAAAAAUUACAUAUCAAACCAGUAUUCAAGUAGAAGGUUUUCAUAAGGUGAUAUAGAAAACUUGUUGAUCCAAAGGUGACAAUAUGUAUGCUUGAUGCACAGUGGACUGACUUUUUAUUUAACCACAUGUUUAAACAUUGGGGGCUAAAUACGUCAUUUUUACUAAUUACUACUAAGCACUUAAUUAGAGACGAGCAAAGUUAGUGAUUCGAUUUGUCACGAACUUCUCGGCUCGGCGGUCGCUGACUUUAGCCUACAUGAAUUAGUUCAGCUUUCAGGUGCUCCGGUGGGCUGGAAAAGGUGGAUACAGUCCUAGGAGAGAGCUGAGAGGUUCGUGACGAAUCAAAUCACUGUAACUUCGCUCAUCUCUACACUUAAUUAAUAUUCCCCUUUUCUCCAGGUGGAACUAAACCUGGAUUUACUAUGAUGCUUUACAGUAGAAGGCCUCACCUUUAGAUAUUUAUUAUAACCCAGUCUAAUUCUGAACUAUUCUGUAUUGUCUUAUAUUGGUAACACCAUCCCAUAAGCCAUUAUCAUCUAUUGCCAUCAAGCAAUGCCUACAAUGAGAUUUGUUUUUGUUAGAUACAUGUUCGCUAGUAAAGGAAUGUAAUGUCCUGAGUGGAUAAAGAGCACUUAUUAGUAUAGUAGUCAAGGUGUUGUGACAUAAAACAAGUACCAUUAUUACUAUUGUGUUACCAUUAUUGCACGCUAUUCACUAUUUAAAGAGACAGCAGAAUGUAUACUUUACAUCAAGGGACUAGUUAUUAUUUGGUGCUUAUGAAGCCUAUUUGGGGGACUAUUUUCAGCUGUCUUAUCUACCUUGACAGAUUGACAUUUCCUUGUAAAUGACUCUCAAAGUAUGUAAUGUUACAGUAUUAUGUUGUGAAUUUGAGGCACAAAUUAGUUCAAGCUUCUUGUAUAUUUACACAGUAAAGGAAAUAUUGCCACAUAAAUUAAACUGUGACAAAUGUUGAAUAGGUGUAAAAAAGAGGGUAAAAAUGAUAUUCUUCGCUGCACCCCAAUAUUGGCAGAGCAGUUUUAUAUAGGACUGCAAAGAGCUUUCCUAUGUUAUUAGUUAAAAAAGAAAAAAAAACUCUGCAUUAUCCUUCCUUUGGGAUAUGUGCACAUACAAUUUUUUGGUCUAUAUCAGUGUUUCUCAAGUGCUGUCCUCAAGACCCACCAACAGGUCAUGUUUUCAGGAUUUCCUUAGUCUUUCACAAGUGAUAUAAUUUUUGUCGGUGAAUCAGGCAUCACCACAGGUAAAUAACCUAUGAAAGACUAAGGAAAUCUUGGAAACAUGACCUGUUGGGGGGUCUUGAGGACAGCGCUUGAGAAAUACUGGUCUAUAGUUUGAGGCUGAAUCUUUUUUUGCUUUUGGACUGUUUUUUAGCUCCAACAAAAGCAGCUUUAUAACAACAUACACAUGUACAUAUUUUGGCAUGCAAACGGUUAUAACAAUUAUAUGACAUUGUGGACAUGUUUUGAGAAUAAAUAUGCACAUUUUUGAGUGUGCACAUAGCCUCAGGCUCUAUUGAGUAGGCACAUGGCUAGACAUGUUUGUGUCUUCGAUUUGAGGAAUAUGUUGAGAUUUCCUAAAAUAUACUUCUGAAUAGGCAUAAAGCAUUUAUCAUCAAUAGGCUCAAGUUACAAAAAAAAAAUAUUUCACAUAGUAUAGGUUUUUUGUGUUUUGUUUUUAAGAUGUGUCUGCAUAGAAUAUUGUGAUCUACUAUUCUAUUGUGUACAGCAAAAUGCAUUAAUAUGUUUGACUUAGGGUAUGUUCACACAGAGGACUCUCCGCUCAUGAAAUUCUGAUCAGGAAUUCCGCUUAGAGAUCCAUCUGUAGCCGCCACCUAAAUCCGGUAGCAUUGAAUGAACCGACGCUGUCACUAUUGAUGGGAAUGCAGUGCACAAGUUAUUCUGCCGAAAGAAGUAACAGGUUAAUUCUUUUAGUGGGAGAUUCUCCAGUGCUGAAAUUCCAUAGUGUGAACGGGUCCGCCAAAGGCCCUUUCUCACCAAUGUUAUGGUUUACACAGCGGAAUUCCUGAGCCCAAUUCAGCGCGUAGAAAUUCCACAGUGUGAACAUACCCUUAUACAGUAUGCCAGUAGUUUUCCUGGCACAUACAGCAAACAUAGGGCUUUCAUAUGUAAACCAAUCCUAAGAUCUCCUGCAGUGUUUCUUCAUUACAUAAAAGAAAGAUACAACUAGGAUUGAUCGACUAUUAUAAUAGCAUCUCAUAACCAAAUUAGCUAAACUUACAAAAAAAACUAAACAAAAUAACAACAUUGUAAUAAUACUAAAAUAAUGGAUCUAUGCCUUUGUCUAUGUUAAAUUUUUUUGCUGUGGUAAACAGAAUAAUGCUUGGGUGUUACACACUUUUUGGCAGACACUUAUCUGUAGGCUGCGUACCUUUCAGAUCCUACAAAAAAAUAAUAAUUUAUAAUAAUAAUAUUUUACUCAGUACCUAAUCCUGACCAUGUACAUCUAAUUUUAAUGCCGCUAUCUAUAUUUAGAAAUAUAAAUAAAUAUAUAAUAUUUAUUUAUAACAAUAUCUCUUUCAUUAGCUCACAGUGUUAGAAAUCCUCUCAGGGGAAGGGGGCAUGUCCCUUCCUUGUGGUGGUGGGAGGUGAUUGGUGCACCUGCUCAUGCAGCCUUGUCCAUGAGUCAUCUCUUGUCCAUGACACAUGGACAAGCCUGAUGCUGCUGCAGGAUUGGUUAGUGUCCCAGUAGGUAUUGGGACCCCUAGUGGUUGGAUUUUCAGUAGCAGUUUUCUUUAUUAAAUAUUCAAAAAGUCUUUAAUUUUCAUCAGUAACAAUAUAAUUAUAUUUAUUUUUUGAUCGGACAGUGCCCAUUUAAAGUCCCUUUCACACGACUCAAUUACUCCGUUUUCAAAGUUCCUCCAGAAAUUCGACAGUAAACAGCAGUUACAAAAUCCUAUACGGCUGUUAGAAAAUCCCAUUAUAAUCUAUGGGAUUUUUCUAAUAGCUGUUUUAACCCGUUAUAGCCCGUUAUUAAUAACGGCCGUUAUCUUUGACGUUUGUGACGGAAGAUAGUAAUGGGAGAAAUAGUUAAUGAACUAAUGGGUUAAAAUGGCUAUUAGAAAAAUCCCAUAGACUAUAAUGGGAUUGUUUAACGGCCAUAUAGGACUUUGUAACUGCCGUUUUACUGCCGAUUUUCUAACGGAACUUCCAAAACUGAGUAAUUAUGUAGUGUGAAAGGGGCCUUAGGCCACAGGAAAGAAGGACUUUACUGCAUCUGCUUCAGAUGUUGACUAGUUGCCCAAAGCAACCAGAUAGUUUAGUUUAUUUUAUUUUUUUUGUCCUUUAGAGGCCUUUUUAAAAAUGAAAGAAGCAAUCUGAUUGGUUGCUAUGGGCAACUGGUCAUCUUUUCCUCUGCACAGAUUUUUAUAACUUUCCCCUAGUGUGCUGAGUAAACAAACAUUAACCAACAUUGUGGCCCUAGUCAUAUCCUCACAGAAGGCACUGUAAGUAGUCCUAUCACGUUUGGAUACACUUAGCUAAGCCUCUGAGAUUUCUCUUCAAGUCCCUGUGCUAAGAGCUAAUUCUCAGAUGUAACAUUUUUAAAAAAUAUUUUAUCACACAACGCAGUACAUGUACAUGUUUUUAAUACCUAGAGGACCCAGGACAUACCAGGAGCUGCACUCGUUUGAUAGACUGCGGGUCCAGGCGGUUAUCAGUGAUCAUACUGAUGCCUGCCAUUAACCUUUUAUAUGCCGUGAUCAAUACUGAUCAAGGCAUCCUAAGUAUAAGGGACUCUGCAGACCACCCAUGGCAUGAUCACAGGGUGGUCAGAGCUCCACUUAACAGCCCCACAGUGGGCUCCUGGAUCUUCUCCUCUAGUCUGCUUUCUGGUAGACCAGAGAAGUAGACUGCAGAUAACUGAUCAGUGGUAUGCCAAUGCAUGGCACUGAACACUAUAAGCAAUUAAAGAUUGCAAUUAAUAGUCCUAAAAAAAGUGAUCAAAAAGGAACAUAUACGCAAAUAUGGUUCUAAUAAAAAGCAGUACAAUAAUAAAAAGUAUGAAACCAUGGGGGAGAUUUAUCAAAACCUAUGCGAAGAAAAAGUUGCUUAGUUGCCCCCCCC